GGGCGACCCGGCGGCCACAGCAGGCUAGCGCUCCUCUGCCACCGGGCUAACACGAGCCCUUAGUUGCGAGAUAAGACAUCAAACCGGAUGCCUCUAUGAUCCAGCUAACCUUACAGCGAGAUAUACAGUGUUCAGUUCGCACAAGAGGUGAGCCAUGGCUGAACCGAACCCCUCCCGCCCCCAAAGGAAGAUGUCAACCGCUGGGGAGAGUGUGUACAAGGUUCUAGGGCUGGAGAAAGGAGCGACAGCUGAGGACAUCAAGAAAGCAUACAGGAAACUCGCGUUGAAGUACCACCCAGAUAAGAACCCUGACAACCCGGAGGCAGCGGAGAAGUUUAAGGAGAUUAACAACGCCAACUCUAUUUUAAAUGAUGAGACCAAGAGGAAGAUCUAUGACGAGUAUGGCUCCAUGGGCCUGUACGUGUCCGAGCAGUUCGGAGAGGAGAGCGUCAAAUAUUACUUCCUUAUGUCCAAGUGGUGGUUUAAGGGUCUGGUGCUGUGCUGCACGAUGUUCACCUGCUGCUGCUGUUGCUGCUGCUGUUGUUUCUGCUGCGGGAAAUGUAAACCACCUGAGGAUGAUGAAAACUACCAGUAUGUCGACCCUGAGGACCUGGAGGCCCAAAUCAAAGCAGAGCAGGAUGGAGGAUUCGUAUUUUCAUGCUCCAAUCCAACAGGCUACACAGUAAUCAUAGGCCAGCCCAAAUCUGAUCAGGGUGCAGAAAACCCAGAAGGCCAGAGUCAGUCCAUCCCCCUGCCAAUGCCCAUGCCUCCACCUUCUGGGCCCCAGUCGUCGACCCCGGCCAGUCCAGCAGGGGAAGAAAACCCCGGAGAGACCCUGCCAGAGUCGAAAUGACUCGAAAGUGACAGUGCAGGUGAGCCUCAACUAGUGGAUGCAGCCUUUCGAGCCCGUACUAUGAUCCAGCCACAUUCGACUGCUGCCAGAGAUCAACCAGCCCAAAACCACCAGCCAGCCCAGGCCCACCGCUCACCCCUGACCGCUCUACCCACCUGAUCUACCCACCGGACAAGUCCUGUGAGGCGGGCACUUAAAGGCUCCUGGCCCCCUCCAUGGAACUUCGGUUAUGAAGGAGUAUUCGUACAAAUUAAACCACUCGCCGGGCUCUGAAAAUGCUCUGAAAAAUCAAGUCCCCUUUCUCUUUCCAGCUUGCCACAUACUUUGGUCUAGCCUGGGCUAGAUGGGAUCUCGCCAGUCAUCCAUAGUUUGGCAACAUGGCUGAACUCUCACCAAUCUGUUCUCGUCAUCCCAUUACAACCAGUGAGGAUGUGACACUGGGCUAGAAGAUGGCAAAAACAGGAGGAUAAAAGGAUGAAAAAAAACAUAAUGGAUCCUCAUUAUUUAUCCACUGUCCAGACCAGGACUGGGAUUAUCUCUGUCCCAGACUCUCCUUCCAUUUUUGACUCCGUUUGUGACCAACAGGAGCACUUUUUUUAAUUUUUUUUUUUUUUUUACAUUUCUCCCUCUUAAACUUCUUUCUUUUGGAGUUGUCCUCCAAAAAGAACAAAUAAAGUUUUGCUAAAAUAACUCCAGUAUGGAAUUGGAUGCCACUUGUGAUGUAUAUGCAUCAUCAGAAGCCAGCAGCAGGACGAUGUGUGCGUGGAGGACGUUUUUGUUCUCUCUUCCUUCAGUCCUUGUGUUAACAAGCAAUCACAUUCAGCUCAGUGUUGCAUUAACACCCUCGAACGAUCAUCCUGUCAAACAAGCUCUUCAUGCUAAGUGUGGUGGUUAGAUUCUUCUUUCAAAGGAGGCGCAAGAACUAACAGAUGCUUCUUAGAGUAAAGUUUUCAAAUCGGGAUGCAACUACAUUUGACACAAACACACAAAUGCGAGGAGGGGGAACGGAGGAGAUGUGACGCAGCAGAAGUGACUGCCUGACUGAUGUAUUCGAUGUUCAAUGUCUGAGCCAAAACCUGGAGCUGAAAAUUCAGAGCAUGGAUCUGGAGUAGAGUCGAGGCUUUUCCUCCCCAACAUGCAUGUAUUUUUUUUUUCUGGAUGCAUGCCCCCCUCCCCCACCACUGUACAGCACUGGAAAACAGUCCACACCCCAAACCACAAAACAUAAAAGAACUGCCUCGUCUAAAACCUUUCAGACAUGAAAACUCUGGUUGCAUUCACUCUUUACACUUGUACCAGCCCAUAUGUCAUUGCGUGCCGCCCUCGGCUAAAAAAAAAUACUACCCCCUGUGUAAUCUUUUGACUAAAACAGACCAUAACAGAUGCCAUACCAUGGGGAAAGAACCACAGCAUUUAAGUUUUAUAAUCAUUUUUAUGUAAUUACGUGUUGUCAGAUUGUUGUGCUCCUUCUUGUGUUGUAGUCGGACUACUUGGUAGACCAAAGCCAACAGCUCCAUGUAGCCAGCCAGCCCAUGAUAACUCUGGUCGAGGCCGAUUAGUCUCUGAAACGCUGUUUGCUCCAUAAGCCGCAGUUCAGUUUGUCAAACUUGUAUAUGCAUUUGGGUCUAUGCACCUUGUGAAUGCGGGUCCGUCGCCAUUUCAAAUGGUUAGACUUUUUUUUUUUUCCUUUUAACUUCAGUUCAGGGUGUAAAUUUCUUUUAUUUUACCUCUUACUUACAGAAGUAAAACUUUGAAGUUACUUGAUAAUCUAUAAACUCAGGUCCAGAUUCACUUAGACUGCAUUGCAAGGGCAAUGUUUUUAUUUCAUUGCACCUCAGUUACUUGAGUGCAUUUCAGUUUUCAUUGAAUUCACAUUAUGUUUUGUAAAUUAAUUUGUGGCCCUUGAAAAAGAGAACUGGAUCACCCCUCUUUUACUGCAAACUUCAGGCACUUGUAUUUCAUUGGGAGACUAAUCUACUAAAGGAGCAUGGAUAUAACCAUAAACACUAUUUGCUUUGUGAAUACAGUAAUGGUGUCCUGAGCAGAGAAUGAAGUCAUGCUUCCUCCGUGUGUGUGUGUUGAAAUCCAAGCUUCUCUGUUUGUUGUUGUGGUAGCCGGUCCGACUGCACUUGUAUGUGAUUCCCAUGUUUGUAUCUUAAUAGCUAGCUAAUGGACUUCAUUCUGGGCUGCACUCAUAUGGAGGUUACCGCUGAUAAUGUUGUUGCUGAAGUGUAGCGCCGACCCUCCAGUUCCCUCUCAGUUAACACCAUUAGUUCUGUCACCAUAGUUGAUGUUGUUAGCACUGAUUGCUCUGCUGAGCCACCUCCAUGUUGAGAGCCAUGUGCAGACAACCUCAUAAGCCCUUUCUACACAGAGAUACUUAAGUUCCUUUGUUAUGUCUUCUUUACAUUUUUACACAGAACCAAACAAAGGCGACAUCAUCCCGCGUCAGUGUGUAAUUUAAGAUAGCAUGCUGGCAUUGCGGAACUAAAAGAGGCGUGACGGGUAUGAUGGUUACAACAACGGCAUCCUCUUGUGUGACAUAUAUGUGUGACAUAUAACAUACACGUUCGCAGCACUUUAUAAAAAUGGCAUGAACAUGGUAUUAACAAACAUUUACCUUCUCUGUUAUGUUGUGGCUGAUCUUGUUCUCUGCUCAGAGAGUAAGAAGCUCCUGAAUCUUAUUGUUUUCCCAAUCUGUGGACAUUUAUGGCUGAUGCUCUUCCUCUUUGUGUUAGUCACCAACUGCUCAGAGCUGCUUUUUAAAUCUCCUGUAGUGGGUCGUACACAUAACACAUCGUCAAAAUGUCACACCCAUCCUGCCUAUGGUCCCAUCCUGCUGCCUGUCCUGUUUAUACAGACUCCGUUUCGGUGCUGUUACUACCUUCCGUGACGGUUUAAAGAUGAGACAACUCUGUCCCUUCAUUUUGAGAUUAUACCUUAUCUAAAAAACAGCGAGGCAGCAUUAUGGUGUGAUAUCCCCGCCUUAAAACGGCAGUGUAAAAGGGACAAUAGCUGCACUCUUAAUAUCAUAAAGAGCUCUUUUAAGUUGUGCAUCUUUGCACCAUAAAUCUCCUUUUCACAGCUUUCUUGAGUUUCCAAGACGGAAAAAUUUUCUCUUGAUGGUGACAGUGAUGUGCCUUGAAAAAUAAUUGCAGCAGUGACUGAACAGAUGUCUCUUAAUGAUUAUUUUGUAGCUGUUGGUGUUUAUUUCAGCAUAAAUUUGCUUGUAAAUUUAGCAUGUGGAAAAACUAAUUAGAUACACAUACAGGUACAUCACUAUAACUGGUGAGAAGAGGCCAUAUUCACUAGUUCUGCUCUUUAAUUCUUAUUGUACACUAGUGAUUAUCACACCUCUCUCACUCUCUCAACUUAUUGUGAUCAUUUAUUAUUGCCCCUUCCUGUGCAGACCUUUAGUGAAUCUGGAUCAGUGUUAUAGGUGUUUUGAAAUGAUCUUGACUUAAUCAAAAUGUUUUAUACACUUGGUCAAAAACACACAUUUUCACUUUUCUUAUUCCCUUCUCCCUGGAUGCCUUCAAACAUGGUUUUAGAUCACUUUUAUUUGAAAGGUUCCCUUCGGCUCAUGGUCUAGUUGAAAAGGAGCAUCCAUGUAAAAAAGGUACUGUUUUUUUUUUUUUCUGGAGAAAUAUUGUCCUCACGCUCAGUGUUAAUGCUGCAACUGACAAUAAUUUUCUUGAUUUGUUGCUUUGUAUGUGUCAGAUAUCUGUGAAAAAUGGCCAUUACAGUUUCCCAGAGUCCUGAAAUGACAUCUUCAUAUGUCUGUUUAUGUCCAACAAACGGUUCAAAAUGCAAAGAGAUAAUUUCACUAUUAUGUGGGACUGAGGAAAGCAGUAAACCCUAACACUUGAGAAGCUGAAACAUAUGAAUAUUCUGCAUUUUUUGCUUUAUAAGUGACUCAAAUAAUUGAAAAUCAAAAUUGUUGCUGAUUGAUUUUCUGUCCAUUGAUUAAUCAGUCAUUCGUCUCAACUCAUGUCGACUUUUAAACUUGACAUAAGAGGUCCCCUGUUGAGUUACUGUCCCAGCUUAUGCUCUCUGUUUCCAGGAUUUCAGUUGCUACAGUCCUGAAUUUUGUGUUGACUGAUCUGUAUAUACUGUAGGGCUAUUCAGAGAGGUGGCCGGCUUCAUGAAGAGUUUUCUCAACCCAAAGCCAUGUUGUUCGUAUCAGUUUUAAUAAAAUUUAAUUAGUUAACAGCUCUAAUUCAUCACGGCUGUAUUUAUCCUCAGUGUGGUUCAGCCCAGAAGGAAUAUACUGUUCACCUUGCCAACAUUUAAAAUCAUGUGAAUGGUAUUGUGUAAUGUUUGCUCAAAGUUUCAUGUCUGAUUACUUCCCACACACACAGGUGCUUUGAUAGAUUUACCUCUGCAACAUGACCAUUAUUAAUCUUUUAACAUAAUUUUGACAAGCAUUUCUGCCAGCAUAUAGUGUCUGCCACUUUAACAUUGAGACUAAGCCAAUUUUACUUAACCUUUAAUGUUAUUAAUAAAUAUGUUGUGGUCAGCAUUUCUAAUUUUUUGUCUUGUGUGGAAUGCUACUUUGAAUGAGUUUUUUUGGGUUUUCUGAAAUGACAAGAUGGACACUGAAACAAUGUCAUGUCUACUUAACUACCGUUAAAAACAGUCAAGCCAAAUCUGGGUGCAUUUAAGGGAAUGGUUUGACAUUUUAGGAAUAUACUUAACUUGUUUUUUUAAGAGAGAUACUGCUGCUGUGCUCUGCAAGUACAUAACCCCAAGCAAAACACACACAGCUUGUUUUAUUACACUUUGGUUUUUUCUUGUGUAUUAAACAAACAAAAUGUAAGAUGUUAAUUGUGAGAUUUAAAAAGCACAGGCUAGCUGUUUUACCCCAAAGGAACUGCGGGAGGUUUUGAAGCCAAUUUCCGUAGUGGCCUCUGCCCUUUGCUGCAUGUCAUCCUCUCUCUCUCCCCCUUUCAUGCUUAAGCUGACCUAUAUCUAAUAA